GGCGCUUCUCCCCGAGCCCUGACGUAAAACCCGAGCGGGGCUGCCCGCUCCGGCUUCUUAAGGAGCGCGCCCAGAGCCGCCGGCGCGCCCUGCUCGGCCGAGAGCACAGGUGAGCGCACAGGUGAGCGCACAGGUGAGCGCACAGUGACACAAUGGACCUUGGGAGCAGAGGAAGAAUCCACUGCAACAUGAGACUCACCUGCUCUCUGCUUAUCAUGGGAGUGUUCUGUGUCACACCUUUUGUCUGCCAUAACCAAAUUGAUCCACUAGCUCUUGGGCGAGCAGACCCUCAGUGUUGGGAAUCCUCCUCAGCUGUCUUACUGGAGAUGAGGAAGCCUCGCAUUUCUGACUCAGUCAGUGGCUUUUGGGACUUCAUGAUCUUCCUGAAAUCAUCAGAGAACUUGAAACAUGGGGCUCUAUUCUGGGACCUGGCUCAGCUCUUCUGGGAUAUCUAUGUGGACUGUGUGCUCUCCAGAACCCACGGCCUAGGGAGAAGGCAGCUAGCAGAAGCUGAACAGAAGAUCGCUAUCCUACGUCCUCAGCUCACAGGGAGAAACCAAGGGAUAUUUUCUCAUAUUCAGAAGUUGCCAGUUCUGAAGAAGAAAGACUCGUUUGAAGAUUUAACAAGUAUCCAUAUGCAUAAGAGUAGAUCUACAUUACUUGGAAGAAUCUUUGGAGAGCUAGGGAAAAAGAGAAAAUGACACAUUUAGUCCAAGAUCUUAAUUUGUAGUUAUUUUUAACUACUUCUCUUUUAAUUUUUGCAUUUUAACCCUCAUUGAUGUUAAUUUAUAUGGAAGAGGAAGGCCUGUAACUAUAAGCACUGUAUCUCUGAUUAACCUGGACUUGUAGGCUUUUUUAAUUACCAAUUAAUUCAAUCUCCUUAAUAAACUGCAUGAUUUAUAAGCAGUUGCCUAUCUGUGUGUACAUCAGGCUUUUUAUAAUGCACGUGACCUAUUUAGACUAUUGUCUUUUGGGUGCCAAAACAAGAAAUAACUGAUCCUCCAGUAAGAAACAGAAAAACAGAGCAGGAAGUUGCCAAGAACCUCUGCUGGCUCCAAGACAGGAUUAGAGUUGAGAUGGUGAUGCUUUAUUGUAUGCAGAGCUGUACUCUUGUACAAAGCAACCACUGCUGAAAGACAUCAUCCCGCUAAAGAAAACUAGUACAUAUUUUUAUAUUAAAAAUAUAAUCAAAAAACAUUCUCCGUUUUCCACGGAAAGUAAAAGAGUUAACAGGUUUUACCAUCUCCUCUGUUUGCGUUCACAUGUUUUUACAGUAUCUUCAUGAAUUUUUAGUUUAAAAAUAUGCCACUUAAAAUGUUACAUGUUUUGAAAGUGUUUAAUCAAAAGAAUUCUCAUAGAUAACUUGAACUUGUUUCUUUUUUUUAUUUGGCAAUUUCUUUGUAGACCAAUCCGUUUCCUCUGACUGUUAUCGAUAACUCUAAUAGGCAAUUUGGUAUUAAAGUAAGGUAACAUAACUUUGGGCAAGUAACACUUUGAUGAAAUGAAAUAUUUCCAUCGCCUGGUUGGCUGAAUGCAACUACAAAAUUCACCUUUCCAGGGCAACUACAUUUAGUUGUUCACUGAAAAAUUCUUCCCUUGAGCAUGUGGCAAUAUUUGGUUGCUUUACUUUUUUUCUCCCAAAUGCCAAAAGAAAAACUCAUUUGCUGGGUAUUCAACUUGCAGAAAUAGGUUCACGUAGCAAAAUGUGUAAAUUAAAUCUUAAAAUGUUUACUGGGUCUGAACAAAAUAAAGCUUAAAUAUAGUCCCAUUGGGUGAAAUCCUGAUCUUAUGAAAGAAGACAUAAAACUAUAAGAGGACUAUGAGCUUCAAUGGCCCUGAAUUUGUGCUUGAAGUUAAGUAUCCAACAAACCACUUAAAUGUUCAAGACAAGAGGGAACACUAAAGUGGGAUGAGUCAGGAACACACAGUUCAGUGUUCUCAGCAACACCCCCCAGAUGCGUCCGCCUGCAGCCACAGCCUAUGAGAGUGCUCUGCUACCAUGUGGGAGGGAAACAAGAGCUCUAGUACAACAGAUCUGCCCAGUCCUGUACUACUGUUGUUAAUUAUCUAAAUUAUAUUAAUAUAUCUAAAAGCCCCAUUGUGCACAGCUUUGUAUAGACCCAAGAGAGACAGUCUUUCAAGCAUGGUCCCUGUGGCCAUCAAGACCAACUGACAAAGACUGUGUUAAGGGCUGGAUGCCUCACCAAGUAGGACUGGUAUGGUAGACCAGAUGUCACCUGUCCCCAUAUGCCCUCAGACUCUAGAAAACAUAAACCGAGACAGAUUAUUCUGAACAGGUACUGUUUAUCUUAGAUGCUCUUCCACAGGGCACUUUGGGAAGAGGCAAAUGUUUCCACUUUA